CAUAGAACCAUGUGUUCUCUCUCUAUAUAUCUAUCUUUCUCUCUCUAUAUAUCUCUCAUGAUAUGGUUAUAUAAGUGUAUCACUCAGUCAGAAAUGAUCCAAUAAGAUAAACUCACUGGCUCACUGCCUUAUCUUUCUAUAAGUUAAUUAUCCUCCAUUUUGCUAUCCAAUAACAUAUGCACUUAUCAAGAUCAAAUCAUCAGCAACUGGUUCAGUCAUAAUGAGUGCAGAAAAUCCCACUUCUGAACAUGAUGAUUGCAGCUCAAACUCCCUGACUUCACCAUGUUCCUCACCCGGUUCAGCCCAACCGGUUCACAAACCACAAAACCCUAAAAUGAGAACCACAAAGAGAGACCGGGACACGAGCACAAAACACCCGGUCUACCGCGGAGUUCGCAUGCGUAAUUGGGGAAAAUGGGUGUCAGAAAUCCGUGAACCAAGGAAAAAAUCAAGGAUAUGGCUUGGAACAUACCGAAACCCUGAAAUGGCUGCGCGUGCACAUGACGUGGCAGCACUUAGCAUUAAGGGAAAUUCGGCUAUUAUUAAUUUCCCUGAACUGGUCGGGUUAUUGCCCCGACCAGUUUCCUCGUCACCGAGAGACGUGCAGGCUGCGGCAGCUAAAGCUGCCGCAAUGGAAAUGUUUGAUUUUCCACCUGCACAGUCCUCAGUGUCGUCAGAAGAUUUGGACGAAAUAACCGAGCUACCGAGUCUUGGUUUGGACUCGGUGGACUCGAAUGAUAAAGAGUUUGUGUACAUCGACUCGGUGGCGGAAGGGUGGUCGUACCCACCACAAUGGAUGAAUAAAGGCGGUGAUGGCGAUGGCGGCGGGCAUAUUUCCGGUCAGAAGAAUGUGGUUUCCGGUGAUUUUGAAUCUUUACUGUGGAAUUAUUAGUGUACGUGUUUUUGGUUUAGUUUUAACCUUUCUAAUCUUGCUUAUGAAAAAACUCAUCCUAGAAAAAUUAUAUCAUUUAUGUUAAUUUGUUGAUAUGAUGUAACCAACGAAAUAAAUAAACGUAUUAAUAUUACUUUUCAACCAA